AUGACAAAUUUGCAACGCUGGCUGUUCUAUGCUACGCUCUUUGCGGUGCCCUACUUGUCCAUUGUUUUGGGAACUGUGCAAACUCAAUUCACCAACAAAUACUUGCUUCACAUUCAACUGCUGCCGCUUCUUUUGCUGGUGCUCUUUGGGAUCUUCUCCGUUUGGACCGUCUUGUACAGAACCUUUACAUUUAACGACUGUCCUGAAGCAGCCAAGGAACUUCAAGCACAGAUUUUGGAGGCCCGAAAGGAUUUGACAGCCAAGGGAUUUCGGUUUCGUGAUUAAAGCUCCGGGAAAUGUACUUCCCACAUCCUGUUCAUGUUAAUCUGUAAUUCCAAUUUUUAUAAAAGAAAAGAACAAGUUAUGCAAA